CCUGCCCAAACAAUACAGGCAGUAGGACAGAUCGCUGGAUAUACAGUGCGGUAUAUUUUGAUUUUACGAUAGAUAGGUUAUAUUAAUUUACUUAAAGACUUUUUGUAGCGUUACCAAAAUGAGCGACGCCGUGGCACGUAUUAUCAAACCUCACUGAGACUAUGUGAUAGGUAACGAUAGUCAGCCGCUGUUAGCUCCCAUUAGCAAAGGUGUCAAAUGCUAGCCGAGUUAGCUAACGUAUGUGACAACCCGGCAGCUAGCAGGAAAAAAAAAGUUGUUUUGGAGGUGCUUUUUGCGGUAGAGUUGCGUAAUGCCAACCAGCUGUUUAGUAUUUUAACGUUUAAGCUGUAGAUCAACAAGGUAACCAACCGGCAAAGUCCGAUGUGUCUAUAUCCGUUUGCGACGUUACGUUGUUGAAAUUCAAGCUAGCAAGACAGCAUUAAGUUAGCAUAGCUGCUACGUAAACGACAACAUCCACCAAACUGGACAAAACUUUGGAUUUAGUCGGGUUUAAAUCGGGCUCGGCGGGUUCGCUGACCCCUCAGAAGAAGAUGAAGAAGAGGAAGGAGCUGAAUGCCCUGAUCGGACUUGGGGACAGCAAGAGAAAGAAGACCAAAAAGGGAUCCGGUCACCGGCUUCUCCGAACCGAGCCGCCGGACUCGGAGUCCGACUCCAGCUCGGACGAUGACGAGUUCAACAACCUGAGCAGCGGUGCUAACUUUGGGAAAAGAAGCUACACGCAAUGCUGCAAUGUGUGCUACCCCUUGUUUCUGUUCAUCAUACUUGCUGCCUGCGUUAUGGCCUGUGCUGGACUCAUAUGGAUGCAGAUUGCUCUAAAGGAAGAUCUAGACUCACUGAAAGAAAAGCUGCAUAGCAUGGAAUCCAGCCAGAAGGUGUCAUCAAGUGAAAUACCAAAACUAAGUGAGGACCUAAAAAACAAGGAGCGAAAGCUUGAUGACAUUGAAAACGGGGACAAGGGGUUGAGCAAGCUCUGGUCUAAUCUUACAGAAAUGAACAGAAAGAUCAGUUUGCUGGACUCUGCUGUAAACCAUUUAAAGGCCAACUUGAAAUCAGCCGCUGAUUUAAUCAGCCUUCCUACUACAGUUGAAGAGCUUCAAAAGAGUGUUGCUACAAUUGGCAGCACACUAACAAGUGUACAGCACGAUGUGAAGACUAUGCAGUCUGCUCUUGAAACUCAGAAGAAAGAUGACGACUUGAAGAAGACAAUGGACAUAACAGACCUGAGAAAAGCAGUCAGUGAGGCUAACAAGACGGAGGAGCUGCACCACACACAGUCUGAUGAGCAGAUCCACGUCCUCCUCUCUACAAUCGCAGAUCUUCAGCAGAGGGUGGCGUCAUUAGAGAGCGGGUCAAAGCAAAGCUCAAAGGACAAUAAUGCAGUAGCAGUCAACAGCGCAAGUCCAGCUACUGAGACAGUGAAAGAAGCCACUACAACCAAAGCAACACCUGGGAAUGUGCAAGAGGUAUCCACACCACUGACAGAGCCUCAGACAAGCAGACGCCCGCGCUUCUUAACUCCAAACCGCUCCAAGAGAAAUGCUAAGACAUCGUGCCCAGAGAGGGUGUUCCUGCCUGGUGUCAGUUCUCUGAAAGACUUGGAUCGAAUCUUCCCGCAGGCAGGCAGUGGACGUAAUUCCCUCACGCUGCCCUACCACAGCCUGAAGAAAGUAUUUGGAACACCAGUUCCCAAUGCUAGCACCAUGAGGUGCUUUGACAGCGAUGGAGACCAGAGGUACUCCCUGAAGGAGCUGAAAGCCGCUGUGGGUUUGUGAGCACAUUAUCACUGACAGCAGUGAACAGUAUUGAAUACCCAGAGAGGUCUCGGGGGGGGGUUGAAGUUCCCGACCCUUUACCGUAAUUGCUGCACUUUUGCGAACUGAAUAUUUAUCAUACUGAUUGUGGAACAGUGGCGCUGGCAUGCCCCAUACUCACUCCCCCUCCCCUGGUCUGUUUCAACACAACCUCAUCCACAAAACAUGCGCUUAAAUUUUAAUCCAUGUGAGUACCUGUAUGCUGACUAUUCAGCUGUUAUUUUAGCAAAUAUCAUGAUUUCCAUGAAUUAAACUGUGGAUAUUUUGAACCCUGUUUUCCACCCUGAAUUAUCAGAAUUUCUGUUAUCUUGCACCUGUUGUUUUUUUUUUUAUAUAACCAGUUUGUCUCAUCUCAAUGUCACAUUUGUGUGUAUUUAGCUUCUUCGGAGGCUGUAAUUGUCAGUCUACUUCCCAACCCAUCAACACAAAGACCUGGUACAACUCACCUGGACCUUAUUUAUAGAACCUGAGAUAGAAUUUUAGGAAUGUUUACAAAUUACUACUAGAAACUGAAUUUUUGUGAGUCUUUUGUUUUGUUUUUAGACAGAUUCCUAACCUAACUAAACACAAUUGAGCAUAAAGGUGAAGAUUUGUGUAUGUUUUUUUCUAGACUAAACAAAGUUCCAGGUUUCUUUCUGCUCAGUGUGUUAUUUUCAGUUAGUUUCUCCAUUUUGAUUGAUUUGUUUAGUCUCUGCAUUUGUUUUUUGGGGUUUUUUUUGCAUAUUUUUGCAGCUUUCUUUUCAAGUUUUGAAGGGCUAUGAACACUUUGAAUCAUUCAGAAAGUUUUGAAGUGGUAACUCAUGAGGCAUAUGUAGCAAUAACAAAAAGACGUAGAUAUUGCUUGUUUAAAAUUGCAGUCGACAGGAGGCACACCUAGCUCACAAUGUGUAACAGGUAGUAUAAGAAGCACUGACCAUCACUCUUUUACUUGAUUCAUUUUAUUCCAUUUUUAUGGGCCUAAUAAUGGUGUAUUUACAUUACAAAUUUGUCAUUCUCAAAUGUUGUUGUACUCUGUAAAAAUGGUUUAAAUGUAUUCUCACAAAUUAUCUUGUGAAGGGGGUCGGGGUUGGUAAAAAUUUCCUUUACGGUCUUAAUCUCAACAUUGUACAUUUUUUAAAUAGUUCUGUUGUGCUUUGCAUGUUGCUUAUAACGUAACAUGAACAAAUUAUUUAUAAACUUAACAUAGUCGACUACUUGUUUUUGCAGGACAAUGUAACAGCUUUGGCCAUCAUGACAUAGAUUUCGGGUCCAUGCUGCUGCUGUUGUAAAUGGGGAGAUUUUAUGAAUGUGUUUUUGUGUGAGCACCAAUGAAUAAACACAAAGUUAAAGGUU